AUGGCAAUACUAUAUCAUACAUUUUCUACCAUAUGGAGAGAUAUUAAAAGUUUAUAUAAACCUUAUACAGCUUUUUCGUUCCUAUUUUUCCCAUGUGCUAUAAACGUAUAUGGAAUUUAUAAAUUCAAGGACUCUAAUCUUCCCUCAAAUAAUGAUGUGUGUGCAGUAAACGAAUAG